AUAGUUGGAGGACGUAGGUCACUGGGGAACAUGACUUUGAAGGAUGUAUCUUGUACCUCUGGUCCUUUCCUCUCUGUCUCUGCUUCCUGGCUGUCAUGAGAUAGUCUCUCUCUGUAGCUCAAGCUAUCCUUAAACUUGAGUCAGUUCUCCGAUCUGAGACUCCAUGUGCUGGAAUCACCAUCAUGAGCCACCACACUCGGGUUGUAAAUGUCUUUUUUAAGCAGGUAGAGAGGCAGGCAGGACAGGGUACCUGCAGGCUAGACCAAACAAAUGGCGGUCAGCAGCCAACUGGGAAGACACAGUCCCCACAGAAGGACAUCAGCCUGGAAAUGUUGCCGGAGCCCCUGAAGGUAAGCAUCGUGGGCUCGGGGAACUGGGCAUCAGCUGUUUCAAAAAUCAUUGGGAACAAUGUGAAGACCAUAAAGAAGUUUGCUUCUCCGGUCAAGAUGUGGGUAUUUGAAGAAGUGGUCAAUGGGAGGAAACUGACAGACAUCAUCAACAGUGACCACGAAAAUGUAAAGUACCUGCCUGGACACAGGCUGCCCGAGAACGUGAUGGCCACCCCAAGUCUCAGCCAGGCUGUGCAGGAUGCAGAUCUGUUGGUGUUUGCUUUCCCACAUCAGUUCCUUCGAACCAUCUGUGAUGAGAUUGCUGAAGUAGUGCCCAGGAAGGCCCGAGGCAUCACCCUCAUCAAGGGCAUAGAUGAGGGCCCCGAGAACCUGAAACUUAUCUCUGACAUCAUCCGAGAGAAGGUAAAGAUAGACGUCAGCGUGAUGAUGGGGGCCAACUUAGCCAACGAGGUGGCCGCAGAGCAGUUCUGUGAGUCCACCAUUGGCAGCAAGGUGCUGCAGAAUGGCCUUCUCUUCAAAGAGCUGUUUCAGACCCCCAACUUCCAAGUCACUGUGGUAGAAGAUUCAGACACAGUGGAGCUGUGUGGGGCUCUAAAGAACAUUGUCGCCAUGGGGGCCGGCUUCUGUGACAGCUUCUGUAGAGGAGACAGCACCAAGGCUGCGGUCAUCCGCCUGGGCCUCAUGGAGAUGAUUACUUUUGCCAGGACUUUCUCCAAGGGCCAGGUGUCCACAGCCACUUUCCUGGAGAGCUGCGGGGUGGCUGACCUUGUCAGUACCUGCUAUGGGGGGCGGAACCGAAAGGUAGCCGAAGCCCUCGCCAGGACUGGAAAAAGCAUUGAGGAGUUGGAGAAAGAGAUGCUGCAGGGACAGAAGCUGCAAGGGCCACACACCUCUGCCCACGUGUACCGCAUACUCAAGCAGAAGGGGCUGUUGGACAAGUUUCCGCUGUUCACAGUUGUGUAUCAAAUCUGUUACGAGGGCAGACCAGUCACAGAGCUGAUACCUUGUCUACAGAACCACCCAGAGCACAGGUAGGGAAGGGAAUGGGGGUAGGUACAGCUUUACCUCACCCAUCUCAGGAUCACACAGGAUGUGACAGUGAGACCGUUACCUGGCUUUCUCCCGUCUUGGACACAUAUGAAUUAGUAUGGCUUCAUUUCUGGGUCAUGAGAGACAACUCACUGACUGAUGUACUGGGUAACAACUACACAUACACAAUGAAUGUGAAAAAACAAAGCAAAGGAAAAAAAUACAGUUUGGUAGUUGAAUCAGGAUCCCAACG